AUGUCCUCGUACGCGACUUCCGUCAAGCAGCUGAUACGCGGACUCGGGUCCCAGAACCGGCAAUCUGCUGGUCCUCCGUCGGACAAGGCUCUCGUGAUCGGCAUGAGUGACACCCCGGGCUUCGGCCAAAGCGGAAGCCUCCCCUUUGCUGCGAUUGAGGUUGCCAUGGUGGGGAGGGUCUGCUCGUCGUUGAAAAUGCACCUUUCCAGGCCAGAGCUUCGCAGAGCCAGCGUACUAGACGAGCUGCGGUCGUGCCGGAUUUUUCAUUUUGCCGGCCAUGGAACGACGCAUGAAUCGGAGCCGUCGAAAUGCGGUUUGCUUCUUGAAGAUUGGCAGAGCAGUCUGUUGACUGUGGCGGACGUUCGAGACCUCAACCUGGAGACAGAUCCGCCUUUUCUAUGCUACUUGUCGGCAUGUUCAACUGGUGCCAACUUGGCCAGCUCCAAAUUGCCCGACGAAGCUAUCAACCUUGUCAGCGCCUUUCGGCUUGCAGGAUUCAGACAUGUAGUGAGAACCUUGUGGGAGGUGAGGGACAAGUCUUCUAAUGAUGCGGCUAGGGUAUUGUAUGAAACAGUACGUAAGGAGGGGCUGACCGACUCAGCCAUCUUAGACUAUUAG